AUGGAGUCUCCCUUCAAGGCAAAUAUAUUGAAAGGCAAAGUAGCAUUAUUGACUGGAGGUGGGUCAGGUAUCGGGUUCGAGAUCUCAACCCAGUUCGGAAAACAUGGAGCAUCCGUUGCUAUUAUGGGCCGCCGGAAGAGCGUUCUUGACUCCGCCGUAUCCGCACUUCACUCCCUCGGCAUCCCGGCAAUUGGACUUGAAGGAGAUGUUCGAAAACUGGAGGAUGCACAAAGAGUAGUGGCAGCAACUGUCAAGCAUUUUGGGAAGCUCGACAUUCUUGUCAAUGCUGCUGCCGGCAAUUUUCUUGUGUCGGCUGAGGAUCUGUCUCCUAAUGGCUUUAAAACAGUAAUGGAUAUCGAUUCUGUUGGUACAUUUACAAUGUGUCACGAAGCACUGAAGUAUCUUAAGAAAGAUGGACCGGGAAGGAGCUCAUCUAGUGGAGGAUUUAUAUUGAACAUCAGUGCCACUUUACAUUACACGGCAUCUUGGUAUCAAAUCCAUGUAUCUGCAGCCAAGGCAGCUGUUGAUGCCCUCACCAGAAAUUUAGCUCUAGAGUGGGGAACUGACUAUGAAAUCAGAGUUAAUGGGAUUGCACCAGGUCCUAUCGGAGAUACUACUGGCAUGAGAAAGCUCGUUCCUCAAGAAAUAAAUAGCAAAGCCAGAGACUAUAUGCCCCUGUAUAAACUUGGCGAGAAGUGGGAUAUUGCCAUGGCUGCUCUUUACCUUGCCUCAGAUGCCGGGAAGUACAUAAACGGGACAACCCUUAUAGUUGAUGGAGGACUUUGGCUGAGCCAACCUCGCGAUCUGGCCAAAGAUGCAGUUAAAGAGCUUUCUCGGACAGUGGAGAAAAGAUCACGAGCUGCACCUAUCGGAAUUCCCACCAGCAAGACAAAAAUUCUGUUUAAAGUGACUGCAGCAAGGUCUAAGGCUCCGCACUCGUCUCAGCCCACUAACCCAAAGGCAAGAUCCACCAUAGCUUGGAGGGUUCCCUUUACUGGGCCUGUAAUUUCUGCAAUAAGUGGCCUGUGGGCUUUUCUGGGCCCAGGUCUCGCUAGGCAAGAUAUUGGGCUCAGCUCACUUCCAUCUUGCGGUUCAGUUAAAAGGGUACAAAGUUAG